AUGUUACCCACUCCAUAUGUUAAGUGUGAUUAUGAUAAGAUCUAUGAACCAAGUGAAGACAGCUUUUUGUUUCUAGAUUCUUUAGAGAAGGAGCAGAUAUGGCUUAGCGUAAAGUUCAAAUACUCGUUGACGCUAGUAUGUGAAGUUGGUUGUGGUUCUGGAAUUCUAACUACGUUUAUGAUGCGGAAUUUGAUUCCAAAUUCAUGCAGUUUAUAUAUGCCUACUGAUGUGAAUCCCUGGGCGAUUCAAGCUAUGUCAACCGUUAGUGUUCAGAACCAUUGCGAAAAUAUGUACAUGACACCCGUCCGAAUGGAUUUAACUGCAGGACUUUUGGAUAAGUGUAUUGAUAUUUUAGUAUUUAAUCCUCCUUAUGUUCCUGCUGAUGCUGUUCCCUCUAUGCCUGAAGGUACGGAUCCGCAGGAUAAAUGGUUGGAUCUAGCCCUUGAGGGAGGGCCUGAAGGUAUGGAUGUUACAAAUCGGUUGCUUGGGAGACUUGAUAGGAUUCUUUCCGGUAAUGGUGUUGCGUACAUACUGUUUUGCGCUAGGAAUAAACCCGAGCACGUAGCAGAAUUGAUGCGGAGAAAAGGUUGGAAAGUGGAUUUGGUGGAGGGAAGAAAAGCGGGCUGGGAAGUACUAAGUGUGUAUAAGUUUUAUAGAUUGUAG